CAGAAAUACUGGUUCCAGGUGGUGUGGUUCGGUUGUGUUGACGUAUAACACAAACUUCCCUUUCAUCUCAAAAUAAAAUGUAGCAUUUUUUGAAAAGGGAUCGUAUCUUCUUUUCAGAGUAGCUCAUAAAGCAGUACUCUCGACAGGACAAGGAUGUACGUAUGAGUGUUGUUGUACAUCGGAUUACAGGAUUUUAUGAAUGUAACGUUACAUCCCGUGUCAUUCUGGUUGACUUAGAAUGACACGGUUAUCAGUGUAUCGAACUAUAAAGGACUAAAUAUUCAAAGUUUUAGCAGAGAUCUUUGUGCAUGACGCAAUGCUAUACUUAGUAGGCCUGGGUUUAGGUUCCUUCUCGGAUUUGACAAUGAAGGGUUAUGAUGUACUCAAGAAGUGUGAUUAUGUGUACCUUGAUAGUUAUACUUCCAUAUUCUCUGAGGAAGGGUUCAAAACAUUGGAUAUCGAUGGGAAAUGCAUACUUCCAGCCGAUCGAGAAUUCGUGGAGCAAAGCAGUGAAAUUAUAGAUCGAGCGAAAAACCAUGACGUUGCGUUUCUGGUCGUGGGUGAUCCUUUGGGAGCAACUACACACAGUGAUAUUAUAUUGAGAGCUGUAGAAAAAAAUAUAUCUUAUCAAAUUAUUCACAAUGCGUCAGUUAUAACUGCAGUCGGUUGUUGUGGCUUGCAGCUUUAUAACUUUGGUGCGACUGUAUCAAUUCCUUUGUGGGAUGAAUUUGGUCAUCCGGAAAGCUUCUAUGAUAAAAUAAUAAUGAAUAUAAAAAACGGAUUUCACACUCUAUGUUUGCUGGAUAUCAAGGUAAAGGAGCGUUCUUUGGAAAACAUCCUACGUGACCGCAAAGUCUACGAACCAUCUCGCUUUAUGUCUUGUUGUGAAGCUGUACACCAAAUAGUGGACGUCAUUAAUAGGAAAGCAGAGGAUCAGCAGAGCAGAAAAAAUGCAGUUAUUACGAAGUCCUGUAUUGUAAUUUGCUUAUCCCGAUUAGGAUGUGAUAAUCAGAAAAUCGUUGUCUCAACAUUAAGUGAUAUCAAUGAAGCCUACUUAAACCCAGAAAAAAAUGGUCUCAACUUUGGAGACCCACCACAUUGUAUAAUCAUACCUGGGAUAAUCCACGAGCUGGAAUCAGAAUUUCUGGUUGCUCGAUACCGAAAUGAUGUCGACAGUCACAUAUUUUUGCCCAUAUUUUACACUACACAAGGAGAUUCGGAAAACGUCCUCGAAAGUUGUCAGGACACCAUACACCUACACAACGUAACAGUCCGCACCAUGCAACCUACGCUUAACCACACUUAGCAUUAUAUACACCACUUCUUUGAUAAAAUAAAAAUAUAUUUCUUUU